AUGUUGACCUCCGCUUUGUUCCUGCUUGCCUCGCUUGGCCUGGCCCAGUCGGCGACCCUCGAGGACCUCUACCUCGAGAACGCGCCCUCUGCGCCGCGCCCAUAUGUGAUCCCGCAUUACGCGAACUCGCAUGCCGUGACCGUGGGCGAUCAGCUGUAUCGUUUCACGGUGACUGGUCCUUCAUCUGACAACGCGUUCACGUUGAUGAGCACCAAUGCGCCCGGCAGCUCUUCGCUGGGUGUCUUGCCGCAUGUUCAUCAGAAGCAUUAUGAGAACUUCUUCAAUUUCAAGGGUCGCUUUCAGCUGUGGGCCCAGAAGGACUCUGCCGAGCAGCAGGCUCGUCUUUUGACAGCGGGUGACUAUGGAUCAGUGCCCCGAAACACUACCCAUACGUUCCAAAUUCUGGAUCCUGACACCGAGAUGGUCGGUGUGAUCGUCCCCGGUGGUUUCGAGGACCUCUUCUACGCCCUCGGAACCAACUAUACCUCCGGCACCGACACCCCCUAUGUCCCCGCGCACUCCAAUAGCUCGUCAUCGCCGGAUGCUAGCGUCAUUUCGUCGCUGCAGAAGUUCGACGUAUACGCCAAGCUCGGUUUCGAGCCCCGUCGCGACCUGGUCAACGGCACCGCCCCUGUCGACAACUCUGAAUGGCACACUGGCGACAAUGCGCUCGGAAACCCUGGCAAGCCAUACUUCCUGGCUAACGGCUAUGGGCCCAAGUACUUGAGCUCCAAGUACGGCUAUCAGGUUGUUCAGCCGUUUGUGACUUCCAAGCAGGCCCAGGAUACCAACUACACUCUCUCGACCAUCUCUCUCAGUCGCCAGACUAAGGAUAAUGCUCCCACCUAUACAUUGGCCGGUGCGACCGCUUUCGAGGUGAUUGAGGGUGUUCUCAAGAUCCAGAUUGGGGAUUACCCCGUCGCCACCCUAUUCACGGGUGACGUUGCGUUUGUGCCCAUUGGCGUGUCGUUCACUUACUACACCGAAGUGGCUUUCACCAAGGUGUUGUAUGUUGCCAGCGGCAGCAACGGUGUGGACUCGCAACUGAUCAAGGGCGGAAAGACCUGGAAUUGGGUUACUUUCCCCACCUAUUAG